AUGGCCGCUACCGAAGACUCUUACUUCAAGACCCUGGGCUCCGGUAGCCCCAAGCAGCAGCCCCGCCAGCAAUUCUGUGGCAUGUUCUGUCCCGUGGAGGGCUCGGGCGACAACAAAACGCUGGAUUUUGAUGCGCUGUCCUCCACGAGCCGAUCAUCACCCCAGCCCGGUGGUAGUGUGAUAGAGAAGCAGAGAGACAUCUCCAGACCCAAAGUAGAGAUCCGUUACAGCGCCGGCAAGGAAGCCCUGCAAAACGUCCACGAUAAGAGCGACCGCCUGCUGAUCAAAGGGGCCAAGAUUGUGAACGAUGACCAGUCCUUCUGUGCUGACAUCUACAUGGAGGAUGGCCUCAUCAAGCAGAUUGGCGAGAACCUCAUUGUGCCCGGCGGGGUGAAGACCAUCGAUGCCCACGGCCGCAUGUUGAUGCCAGGGGGCAUCGACGUGCACACGCGCUUCCAGAUGCCCGACCGAGGCAUGACCGCGGCCGACGACUUCUACCAGGGCACCCGCGCCGCGCUGGCCGGAGGCACCACCAUGAUCAUUGACCACGUGGUGCAGGAGCCGGGUGCCAGCCUGAUGGCCUCCUUUGAGCAGUGGCACCAGUGGGCGGACAGCAAGUCCUGCUGCGACUUCUCCCUGCACGUGGACGUGACCGAGUGGCACAAGGGCAUCCAGGAAGAGAUGGAAACACUCAUCAAGGACCACGGUGUGAACUCCUUCCUGGUCUACCUGGCCUACAAGGACAUGUUCCAGCUCACUGACUCUCAGGUGUAUGAGGUGUUCAGUACCAUCCGUGACCUGGGGGCCAUAGCUCAGGUGCAUGCUGAGAACGGUGACAUCAUCGCAGAGGAGCAGCAGCGUAUUCUGUCGCUGGGCAUCACCGGCCCAGAAGGCCAUGUGCUCAGCCGCCCAGAGGAGGUGGAGGCGGAGGCUGUUAACCGUUCGGUGACCAUCGCCAACCAGACCAACUGCCCCCUGUACAUCACCAAGGUGAUGAGCAAGAGUGCCGCUGAUGUCAUCGCCAUGGCCCGGAAGAAGGGAACUGUGGUGUACGGAGAGCCAAUCACGGCCAGCCUGGGCACGGACGGCUCGCACUAUUGGAGCAAAAACUGGGCGAAGGCGGCGGCCUUCGUGACGUCACCUCCUCUGAGCCCCGACCCCACGACCCCUGACUAUCUCAACUCUCUGCUGUCCUGUGGGGACCUGCAGGUGACUGGCAGUGGCCACUGCACCUUCAACACGGCCCAGCGCGCCGUGGGCAAGGACGACUUCAGCCUGAUCCCCGAGGGCACCAACGGCACAGAGGAGAGGAUGUCCCUCAUCUGGGACAAGUGUGUGGUGACAGGCAAGAUGGACGAGAACCAGUUUGUGGCGGUGACCAGCACCAACGCGGCCAAGAUCUUCAACCUGUACCCCCGCAAGGGACGCAUCGCCGUGGGCAGCGACGCCGACCUGGUGCUGUGGGACCCAGACAUCACCAAGAUCAUCUCUGCCAAGAGCCACCAGUCUUCGGUGGAGUACAACAUCUUGGAGGGUCUGGAGGUGCGAGGGGGCCCCCUGGUGGUGAUUAGCCAGGGCAAGAUCGUGCUGGAGGAGGGCACGCUGCACACCACCGAGGGCUCCGGCCGGUACAUCCCACGCAAACCCUUCCCCGACUACGUCUACAAGAGGAUCAAGGCCCGCAGCAGGCUGGCUGAGCUGAGGGGUGUCCCCCGCGGCCUGUACGACGGGCCGGUGUGCGAGGUGUCUGUCACCCCCAAGACGAUGACCCCCGCCUCCUCCGCCAAGACCUCCCCCGCCAAGCAGCCCAGCGGAGGGCCCCAGCCCGUCCGCAACCUGCACCAGUCCGGAUUCAGCCUCUCUGGUGCCCAGGUGGAUGACAACAUUCCUCGCCGCCCCACCCAGCGCAUCGUGGCGCCACCCGGUGGCCGCGCCAACAUCACCAGCCUGGGCUAAGCCCCGCCCCUCCCUCACUCGUGUCACAUGAGGAGGAGGUGUGGGGGAUGGGGAGGGGGGAGGGAGUGGUCGCCAGGAGAGAGAGAAGAGGGGGGGUGCUAGGCAUGACAUCACACCUCCCCACCCGCCGUGCCCACACCCCCUUUUCGCCCCCACAAGCCGAGUCCUCAAGAGGAAGUACCAUCUUCGUCCUCCCAUUCCUCCUCUCUUUACCUCUUUCCCCACAAACUCCAUUCAACACAUCCACCCCCCCACCCCCCAAUUCCAUCUGUGCCACUCCUCUCCUUCCACCCCCCCCUUUCUCCUUACUCCCUACCCCUCAAAACCCGUCCCUGAAGAAGACCUUCAAAAGAAAAAACAACACAUAUUUGCCUCGUGAAGGAAAAUAUGGAUAUAUAAAAAAAACUAAAACAACACCUUAUGUUUGAGCACUUCUGAUUGUAUGAUUUAGUGUUUUAUACUGUACUUUCGUAUUAUUUUUUAUUUAACAUUCAUUGUUUUUUUUGUUUGUUUUUUUAAAAUGAAGGGGUCAGAUUAGCGUAGAUUGAGCAUCAUUAUGUGUUUGUUUUGUUCCUCUCGUGUUUAUUUGUUUACCAGAGCAGGGCAGGGCAGGGCAGGGGUGUGUUUCUCGACAACAUCGUUGCUAACUAAGUUAGCAACUUGCUUAGUUGCAAUGCAAUUUCCCAUUGGAGACCUAGUAAGUUGCUAACUGGUCAGCAACAAUGUUUUCGAGAAAUAGGGUCCAGGGCAGCUGAGGUGAUGGUGGUGGUGAUGGUGGUCCACCAUCUUCAUUUGGGGCAGGGAGAAGGGUACAAGCAGAGGCGACAAUUGGGCAUUGCCUCAUCAAACACCAGUUUAGUGGGCUUGGCUCCCUCUUCUGGAGACAGAGUGUACUGCAGGGCUACCAUUCGUGUUGCUGUCACCUGUCAUGCUAUAGCCACUGUCACACAUAGCAGGGGGUGCUGUGGUGUUAGUGAUGGGGGUGAUAGCUUGAUUCCAUCGGUGACAGUGUGGCCCCUCAUGCGCCAUAAACAUUAUGAUUUUUGGUGAUCGAUGGGGGGGUUGAACAGUAUUCUUGUUCCUUCAAAAUAGCAUUACUUAAUCUGUUAAUUUUCUUGAGUGGAGUAGCAUUUGACCAAAUUAAGGCCUAGUCUGAUUAGGAUUGAUGGAGAAUUAGCAUCGUGGGUUUUUUUCAGAUUGGGAUGGUACUACUUGUCCUUUUUCACCUUCAACCAACCUUCACCUCAUAGUGGCAAUGUGUGCCAAAUAGUGUUCUGAUUAAUUGGCAUGUUCCACUCCUUUGCAAGUGCACUAUACUACUUCUUCUGAUUGGGAGUGUUUCUUCAUUGCUGCAGGGUUGGUUUCCAUCGGCCAUUUGUGUGUGACAAUGACAGGUCAGAGACCCAGGUGCUCCUUUUUCCAGCUGUCUGUGAUGCCUGUGCUCACUAUUUCAUCAUUAGAUGGGGUCAGACCUUUCACAUCCACCCUGCUCCCUGCCUCCCGCAAGAAGUCACCCUCAAUCUCUAGGAAUCCGAUAAUUAGACCCACUUUGUACAAUCACCUUUUUACAUCAUUAAUUCUUCUCUUUAUUUUUUUUGGGAUUGUGGCAGGCACGUACAGUACUGUAGGCUACAGUCUGCUUUCUGAAGAGUUAGAAAUGCGAGAACGCGAGUAACAUGUGGUGUGUUUGUGAGCUGGAAAAGAACCUGUGGACAUGUGUCCUUUGGGCCUGUGUAAAUUAGAAACCCUACCUGUGACCCCCUUACCUGUAGCUUUCCCUGGGCUGGAUGUACGUACCUGCAUGGCAAAAGCCCUGAGCUUAUGAUGGCACUGACUGAGGUAUGCAGUUCAGUGUGGAAGUUCACUCCUUAUCUGUUUGUGUCAGUGAGGGUUGUGUGCGCUGGCUGGCGUUUAUUUGAUUAUUAUAAUUGUUAGUGUUGGUUGAGGUUGUGCCAUACAGUGCGCCAGCUGGCCUUAUCUGAUUAUAACUGGUAGUGUUUUCAGGGUUGUGGAGUAAAUGUUUUGUAACAAUAACAGCUUGUAAUAAAGGUGUGGAGGGCUGAUGCCGCAGACUGUUUUUUUAACUGUGAAGUGUUGGAAGUGUUGGAGAUGGAAAUGAAGGUGAGUGAGGUGAAGACUUUGGAUUUGCAGAGGGGGUUAAGAUCAGACAUUGGCAGAGCCUUUCCAUUGAGCAUGACAAAGAGACAAAAAGAGAAAUGAACACAGAGAGAGAGACAGAAAGAAAGAAAGAGAGAGAGAGCGAAAAAGAGAAAGAGAGAUGUACAGGAAGUAGAGCGGAUGUAGAGGCAGGAAGUAAGAAAAAACAACAACUUUGUGACCGCUUUUAGAAGAGCUGUAGUUUAACCCUUUAGCAAAGAACACAAAUUCCAGUAAAAAAUACAGUACAUUCUACAAUAGUGUACGUAUGUAAUGUUCCACACUGUAUUAUAUGGACUCUGACAUUCCUUACCGAUGUUUACUGUCCUGCCAUUCCCGCUUAAGGGUUUAAUCUAUUGCUAAGUGCUAAUGUUGGCAGUUGUCCUUCAUUUCUUUUGAGGCUGUGGUUUAUUGAUCCUGUCUUUUUUUAUUCCCCAUGCUGUAACUAUACCAGGAACACCUUUGCAAGAGUUGGGUCUGUUUACACGCCCUGUGAUUUGAGCAGGUCGAUGAAGAUGUUUAAUGUGUUUUUGAUGUCUUGUUUUAAUUAAGAGUAGCAAACGCCGCCCGGUGGCGAUGCGGUGGGAGAGCAGAUGUUAACCGAUCUUAAGGUGCCAGAUUUGUGUGUUCUGAUUGUGAGUCAUUGACACUCUGCGGUGUUGUUCUCUGACGAGAUGGCUAAGGGCUAACUGUUGUUUUAUUAGCAUGCUAAAACAUGUCGAUGUUAGCCUUUCUCUCGUGUGUGCUCUCUCUCUCUCUGAGACACAGCAGAAAGAGACGAUAUUUUAGGAAGAGAGAAACACUAAUCCCUCUCCCCUUCUCAUCCCAUAAAGCUUUCACAAAUGGUCUAAUGCAGGCAUCACCGUAUGCAACAAACCCCCAACCUAAAAGCGCACCAUAGGCCUAUCCUUGCUAAUGAUAGUCAGCCACGUAUAUCUAGAUCAGGCACCAUAAGCACUGUAGCUUUUUAGUCCUGCUCUCUUCUGGGGCAGUUUAGAGCUCUGCAGUCUUCCCCAUAGACAUAUAUAGAUCAUAGAUUGAUAUUGUCCGGUCCACCCCACCCCAGGCUGUUCCUACUGUAAGUGCAUUUGGGAUUUGAUCCGGAAGAUCUCCCUGUUUCAAGGCGUAUGCUUUAGGCAUAAACCUCCAAGUGAACUCAAGAGCUAACUAGGAGUACAUCUUCUAAUAUCUUAGAACUAUAAUUUUGCUCUGCAAAGAGAAUGAGGUCACAUGGGUCCUCUAUUAGAAAGUUUAUUCCUGCUAUAUACGCCUAUGUAGGCUACUUUUGAGUUAAUUCACUUGAGAUUGUCGCUGACAUACCUGAAUUUAAAAUAAACUUAUCUGGGGUGCAUUUCUGGAAAGCGUACUUGUUAGCAGUUAACAACUUCGGUAAUUGUCAAUGGGAAAUUGCAUUGCAACCAACAAAGUAGCUAACAUAGUUAGCAACUUCGCUUUCCAGAAAUGCCCCCCUGGGUUUGUUAUUGAACCGUGUGCUUCCCACACCCCUCAGACAACUUGCAAUUUGCCACUACUAUCACACACCUUCUCAGCUUCCCUGUUACUCCUCUUUGCUCUGUUGGUUUUGCACUCAUCUUUAUCUUCGCUAUUAGCACAUAGUUACAGUACUUACUGUAAGCCACAGAUGUUUCAUCCCUGAACCUACUUCUUCUUCUUUUUCUUCUUCUUCAUCCUUUGUUUUAAUUCCAGAGGUGGACUGGGGCCAAUUCUUUGGUGUACUGUAUGAGUAUUACUUUUUUGAUUCCUGAGCCUUGAGUCUCUGUUUGUGCAUGCUCGGUGUUGGACUUUCACAUCUGUCGGAUGAAAGAUGAUGUCUCUUCAGUGACUCAUGCAUCUUCUCUCUCUCUCUCUCUCUCUCUCUCUCUCUCUCUCUCUCUCUCUCUCUCUCUCUCUCUCUUUCUCUCUCUCUCUCUCUCUCUCUCUCUCUCUCUCUCUCUCUCUCCCCCUCUCUCUCCCUCCCUCCUCUCCAAUCUCUCUCUGCCUCAGACGGGGCACGUUAAGCCCGUAGACUAGACCAGAAACUUGGCAAGACAGACACACAUAUCCAAGUUCUCCAGAGUCCUUAAGCAUGCCUCUGCUCUCUUCAUCCACCUUUUUUUCUCUCUCUCUCUCUCUCCCACAUUCUUUUUUCCCCACUCUCUUUCUUUUUCCAUCUAUCUGACUCCGUGUGUGAGAUACUCUCUCAGCAGCAUCAUCGACCAAUCACUUGGCUCCUGUCUUUUGUUUUUAUUUGUCAUGGCAACAUCUCUUCAGAUCUCAGAUGUUGUUGCCCUUAGCAACCUUCCUGGCCCUGGUGCUAUUUAAAAAUAAAAUAAAAAGAAAAUAAAAAACAGUGUGUCCAUAGGAAGGUCUGUUGUGCAAACAUUCACUCAUUCACAGCCACUUUGGUUCCACUCUCAAGGGGACCAGUCCAAUGUUAGGUUUUUUUUUUCCAAUUCUUACAAUUUCCAUGUUCCUUCCAGUGAUUGUAUUUCCUCUCUGUGUUGGGGUCCAAUAUGUAUCUGGGUGCAUUGCAGCGUUUUUAGCGAGUGGGGUUCAAUCUGUUCUUUUGUACCCACCACAGAUACACCUUGGUGUGUGUGCGUGUCUGUGUCUGUGUCUGUGUGUGUGUGUGUGUGUGUGUGUGUGUGUGUGUGUGUGUGUGUGUGUGUGUGUGUGUGUGUGUGUGUGUGUGUGUGUGUGUGUGUGUGUGUGUGUGUGUGUGUGUGUGUGUGUGUGGGUCUGUCACUGCUGCCACACACACAGGAGCUGUGGGCAGUGGUCACACAUGCCUUAAACAGCAUUUCCCUCCAGACAGACCGAUGGCGACUACGUCUAUGCGAACCCGACACACACAUACCUGUGCUAACACACAUACCUGUGCUAAGCUAACGCACAUAUACACAUACAGUACUCUAACAUUAUCAACACAUACGCACACAGAUGCACAUAGAUACACGACACCCAUAUACCCUGACACAUACAUUACAGACAUGCAUACACUUAGGUGUACACACGCAGACACACACACACACACACACACACACACACACACACACACACACACACACACACUACAAACACGUUACAGACACUCCUCUUUGCUUGGAUGUUUUUUCUAUGCCUCUCUAAUAUGUAGGCUGAUGUAUGUCAAUGUGCCGAUUGGAAGACGACAAGCUUUUUCAGUGUGAGGUUGCUUAAUGUAUGCUGUGCACCACCUCUCCUCUCUAUUCCUCCUCCUCCUCCUCCUCCUCUCCCCUCCUCCUUGCACCUCCCUAACCCUCCACCUCCUCCACCCUUGCCUCCUCACCCUGCCUUGGUAGAAUUGAAGCUGUUUGAUGGUGUUGUUUCGUUGGCUGUGGAGAGCAAGUAGACCUUGCUUGCUUGUAUCUCCGUUAACAAGUACCGAGUGUUACGGACGGCCCUAUACUGUACGUACAAAGUGAUUUCAAAACAAGCGGGAAAAAAAAUAAAAUAAAAUGAAACAUGAUACCCUGCCGACAUG